UCCCUUGCAUUAAUGUCAUAUUUUAUAUUAGGCAGUGAUUGGUGUAAACAAUAUGGUGCAAGAAUCGAGUAUGGUACAAAUCAAAUAUCUAUACGUACAACUGAUGGACGAACAUAUGUUACAUAUGUUACAUAUGAUCAAUAAAUAGAUAGCUUAGCUUUAGAUGUAAAAUUAAUUAAUACCGUCAAAAUACCACCACGUGAAGCUUAUACUGUUCCAGCAAAAGUCGAAAUAUCGGCAGCUGAUACCGGCUAUUUUCAUCCUGACGUCGAUCUUCAAACUGAUAAAUCAAUUGUAGUGUCAACAGCACUAUUACGUAUACGACAUAUUUUCGUAAAAAUUUAUAAUCAAAGUGAAUACACACAAACACUUUAUAUGAAUACUCUACUCGGACAUAUAACACACACACCGUCAAAUACAGCGUCACUUAGUGCAGUUGAAACAUCUCCUUACGGAUCAAUCCCACCUCAUACCGACGCUUACUUAAAAUCACCACAAGUGCCUACUUAG